AUGGCAGAGCAUCCCAUUAUAAAGGGCAACUUCUGCCAUGGCAACAACACAUUUGAAGGCAAAGCUAGUGUGAUGGAGAUGUUCUCAUUGAAAGGGAAAACUGCGGUUGUCACAGGAGCAGGCGCGGGUAUUGGGUUGAGCGUUGCACAUGCUCUUGCUGAAGCCGGCGCCAAUGUUGUCAUUUGGUACAACAGCAAUAGCAAAGCGAUUGAAGAAGCUGCAAACAUUGAGAAAGCCUACGGAGUUCAGUGCCGCGCUUAUCAAGUCAACAUCAAACAAAGUGAAGAGAUCGAAAAGCUCCUUGAAACAUGCGUCCGUGAAUUCCAAGGUCGGCUCGACAUCUUCAUUGCCAAUUCUGGCAUUCCAUGGACCAAGGGGCCUAUGGUGGAUGCCCCACUCGACCACUACUCAAAUGUGACCCAGACAGAUCUGGAUGGAACUUUCUAUUGUGCCAGAGCAGCAGCAACUCACUGGAGACGCCAGAAAGCAGAGAACACCAAUAUAUUUGGACUACCUCUUGAAGGAUUCACUUAUGGCAGCUUUGUCGCUACUGCUUCAAUGAGUGGCAGCAUCGUCAACGUUCCUCAGCUCCAGGCUGCCUAUAAUGCCGCUAAAGCUGGAGUUAUUCACCUUUGCAAGUCGCUUGCGGUAGAGUGGGUUCGGUUUGCCCGUGCGAAUACCGUCUCUCCGGGUUACAUUGCGACGGAGAUUUCUCAAUUUAUUGAUGCUGAAACGAAGAUGAUGUGGAGGGAUAAAAUCCCCAUGGGUCGAGAAGGGCUACCGCAAGAGCUGAAGGGAGCUUAUCUAUACCUCGCCUCCGAUGCUUCCAGUUACACAACCGGAGCUGACCUUAUUGUUGAUGGAGGCUAUACACUACCAUAG